UCAAACUCGACAUACGCCAUCAUAAUCCACACCAGUAUCGAUUUCAUGUCUAACAAGCGGCCCAGCACAUCGCAAGGCGGCAAGGAUUCGAGGAAGCGCAAGAAGUAUCGCUCUGACGGAACGCCAAUCUGGGGUAGAAGGCAUGUCGAGGGUCCCGGCGUCUGGAUCACUUGCGUAAAGGGCAAAGAGCGACAAGCUGCCGGGGAGGCUUGCGAGCUAUUCCAGAACCUUGCCGCGGAUUUAUGGCCGGAUGCAGCUCGAGCAAAUCAAAAGGACUCGGAUGAUUCUGAGAGUGAUGGCGAAGGUCUCAGCAUUGAGCAGCAAAUUGCUAACGAAGUAAACGCCAUCAAGACACGACCAACGAAAACUCAAGAGCUUUUCAAAAACUGUCCUACAGACACGGCUUGUCUCCUUUUCAUCUCAUGCCCGCCGCACGUGGACCCAGUAAAGCUUGUUGAAAAGCAUUUGAACAACGUCGAUGAGACUGGAGUAACGCAUACCAGGUCACUAAAACUUUCGUUAUUAACUAGCAUUGAUAUCUUUCUCAGACAUUGCCUGCGAUUUAGUCCUGUUUCUGCUUCCUGCACUGCGAACGUCCCCGAGAUCGAAACACUGUGUCGAAAAGCCUUCGCCAGCGCAUUUUCGGGUGCGAAGUACAAGUUCAAAAUCGAGCUCAAACUUCGAAACCACACAACCAUGACGCGUGAUACACUCAUCGCUGCCGUCGCGCAAUGCGUCCCAAAAGACGAUGGUCAUUCAGUGAAUCUAGAAAACCCCGACCUGGUGAUCUUGAUCGAGGUCUUCAAGAGCAUAUGUGGGGUUUCGGUCGUUCGUGACUACCAACGCUUAAAAAAGUUCAAUGUAACCGAGGUCGCUGGCGCACGCAAACUCGCCGAUGACCCCGCUUCGAUAAAACGCGUAUGA